ACAGCAACCCGUGCGUGCCCGCUCCCCAAGCUGGCCAUGACGAUGCCUAUAAAGUAGGACACCACCAAGAGCUCCACGCUCUGUUUGAACACGUCAUCCGCCAGCGUUUUCGCCGCCUGUGUCGCCCGGCGCAAACAGCUCCAGGCUUCACCGUCCGCAACUGUACACUACCUGUAUUAUAGAACACCUGCCCAUCACCGUGCGACAUCGCGCCCGAACCCUUUCUAUCGCGUGCUGGGCCAGCGCAGGCGACCUAGGGACAGCGCCUUGUCAUGCCGACGCCCUCAUCCGCCUCUCGAUAUCGACCCGCAGUCCUCGUAUUCACCGGCGCGGCGGCCGCAUAUGUCACAUGGCUUCUAUACACCAGCUUCAGCGGCGCCCCGUCGGAGGGGCUCCAUCGAAGCAAUGCAGUCCGCAGGCCAAAUGCGCGCAGUCGUCCUCGCAAUCGCCCGCAGCGAAUCGUCGAACAGCUUCUGGCUGAGCCCAUUGCGCUGGGCGACUUUGACUUCUUUGGACGGACAAUCACGCUCGAAACAGGCAAUGUGAUGGAUCAUGAUUCGCUGCUGGCACUUGGACGCGAGCUUCAGCCAGAUGCUGACGACGAGAGGAUUGAGCGCGUUAUCAACAACCUCUACGACUAUUACGUAGACAUGUUCGUGGAGACGCUGGCCCAGGGGCGUCCUCUUUCGGAGAUCCCGCGAGGAGAGCUUCAGGCCAUCGUGAGCAUAGUGAACGAGCAGUCGACUUGGCAGGGAACCGAAUACGCAUUUCAAAGACUUCGGACCAGGCCCUCGAUUCUGGCCGCUCAACACCCCGUUGACGAUCUCGAAACCAUACCGCCCACCGAGGCUGGCGAUUGGGAAGACGACACGGUAGCCGACAUGGAAGGCCAGACUCUUCAACGAACGCUGUACCACAUAGCAGAAGAUCGCGCCCGGCAUGAGGGUGUUGUUCAUCGUGGCAUUACCUGCAAUGGCUGCGAUAGCAGGCCCAUCCGUGGCAUCAGGUGGCAUUGCGCAAACUGCGCCGACUUCGAUUUAUGUUCGGAUUGCGAAGCGACCAACUCUCACGUCAAAACGCACAUCUUCUACAAAAUCAGGGUACCCGCACCAAAUCUCAGCAUCACCAAGCAAGAGCCGCUCUAUCCAGGGCGACCGCAUAUGAUGAGCUCUUCAAUCGCCCCAACCCUGAAGAGACGCCUCGUCAACGAUACACGCAUGGAGGCCGAGGAGAUCGAAGCGCUGUGGGACCAAUUCACUUGCCUCGCCACGAUUCCUUGGACGACGGACCCCAACGGCCUUGGUUGGGCACUCGACCGACGCGCUUUCAAUCACGCCUUCAUCCCACGUUAUUCGACCUUCAAGUCGGCACCGAACCUAAUCUAUGAUCGUGUGUUCUCGUACUUUGACACUGACCACAAUACCUUGAUCGGCUUUGAGGAAUUCGUCAAAGGAAUUGACGGCCUACAUGCGACCGACGCGCACGUAAAGCUAAGAAUUGUAUUCAACGGCUAUGAUAUUGACGGCGAUGGGUACAUUUCAAGGAAAGAUGUGUUGCGUAUCUUCAGAGCGCAUUAUGCGAUCGAGAGGGAAGCGACAAGGAACUAUCUGGCAGAGUCUGCUGAAGAAAUGUCUGUACGUGGCGCUCUCGACGUGAUACAGUCCGCUCAGCCCUUAGCGUCCGCAUUCACACAGGCUGCUAUCGAACCAGGAGAACCCAAUUGGCUGCUGCGAACAAAGCCACCGGAUGAUGAGAUUGAAACAGCACCGAUUAUCGAGAAUCAGCCGGACACAUUGGAUCGGGACGUUGUGAUCAGAAGCACGAGCAAAAACAUGUUCGAUGAGGAUGGUGAUGAGCUGGACCCAAACAUGUCCGCGGAUAAUAUCUUGAAGGACAGAUGGGCACGAAGACAGUUCUACACCGACGAAGAAGAAGGCUUCACUCGACCGGAAGGGGCCCCAGAGAGUCCAAGAACAACUGCCUUUGAUGAUCAAACUAACGGUUUCCACGAUGAGCACCCGGUGGGAGACGAAGAGUACAAGUCUCCGACUCUGGAGUCAGAGCGUCCAAGAUGGUCUCGAUCUUCUUCCAGGGUUCGCUUUCAGGAUGAUGUUGACGUGGAUACACGGUCCAAUGCGUCGACUUCUUCACGGCCAGUAGGAGAACGUUGGGGCGGCUAUGAGAUACCCGAGCCUGAGAAAGACCUUGGCAAAGAAGUGCUCUAUCAGAUAACCCAGCAAGCCUUCAACGAGCUCCUUGAUCCCUUGUUCAAAGAAGGGGAAGACGCCGCGAUGGACGCGUACGCCUGCCGAGACGAGCGACGUCACUAUGUCGCCGAAAUCGACGCCAUUUUGGAGAAAUUCCAAAGCGACAAGGAUAUGCUCGAGAACAUGAAUAAUGUGGGCGCCUUCACAUACUCCAACUGCAUCCUCAAAGCUCUCUGUGAACAGGACUUCGAAAAGCUCUCAGAAAAAGCCCCCCUCGAUCUAACUGAAAUCGCAUCUAUCGUUGGUAACAUGUUCAAGAGCGCGGAGAAAAGCAUAACCACGUUUAGUGCACAUUGGGUCAAGGACCGCUCGCCUCACCAUGAGACCGAUCUGUGGCUCAUGAUGUUGUACAGGGCUCAGUUGGAGUUCGAGGUCACGGCAACUCUGUUGGAACUGGCUAUGAGACAGGGUUGGGUGUUGGCUCCAAGUCCCUCUUCUCCUAUCGCCAGACACAUAGCCAGACACCGCCAUAGUGCAUCCAAGGUAGCAGACCGCGAUCCAACCUUUCCACAGUUCCGCCCAAACUCGCUAAAAGAUGUGGUACCGCCGAUCAAAGAAGCCCCCGAUACAGCAGUGAACGACACCCCUCCGCUUCCCAAGCGUCCAUUCGGCCCCCUCUUUGUCGUCCCUGCGCGUACCGAACCCGCCUCCACCGCAAACGACAGCAAACCCGCCACCGAAGUCGGAACAGCCCCUUACGCCCUCCCCGAGCACAACAUCACCCUCUCGCGCCCUCUAGCCAUAAAGGAAAUCGGCCCCCACCCCUACAUGCACAGCCUUUCUUUCUCCCUCUCUGGCGGCACUACGCCCACCGUGACUCUCAAAGACGAAACCCGCAUCCUCGGCCAGCACCCCGCGUACGACCCCGACAUGCCUCAGGUCGACGGCACCUUCCACGCGGCCAUCCGCGCGGCGGCGGGCGAGCCCGAUACUGCCAACAACAGGCAUCUAAGGCGAGUCGCGCUGGCGCGGCUGGAGAGCGUGGACCGCAGAGAUGGCGAGAGGAAAGGAAGUGGGAAGGUGGGGUUCGAAGAGUUUGAGAAGGCGGCGAGGGAGGGGCGGAUGAGGUUUCUUGAGAGUUGGAUGGAUUGGGUGAGCUUUUAGGAGGAGCACGAGGCUGAGAGAGAGCAGCAAGCUGAUGAGGAGCUGGCGGCUGAGGGAGACGCCGGGGAGAGCAGGAGACGUUGAGGGAGACGCUGAUGGAGAGCAGGAGGCUAUGGGAGACGCUGAGAGAUCUCAGGAGGCGUUGGAGAGAGAGCAGGGCUGAGGGAGCUGAUGGGGGCGCUGGAGGAGAGCAUCAGACCGAGGGAACUGGUGAUGGCGCUGGAGAGAAAGUAUGAGGCCAAGCGAGAGCACAGGGGAGCUAGCGCAUAAGAUACACGAUAGGGUGGGUUCUACAGGUGUUAGUAGUGUGUAGCGCAAGGGGCCUCAUGAUACCAC